UAGCUGGAAUAGUGCUGAGUGCGGCGUUAAACAACAAACAAACAAACAACAGGUAACCCGGACUGUGGUAACUCCUGUCACGCAGGUAAGGCAUGGUGGCAAAGGACGGACUAUGCUCGGGGGAAGAUCCGGAUCAUGGUAGUUUUUUAUAAUAGGGUAAUGAAUUCGUUGCCACAACCACAUUAAUUCUACUUUCUGACUUGGUAAUCGUGAACAUUACAUACAUUAAUUUAGCUGGGUGUUGUGCCGUUUCGCCGUUAGGGACAGACCACGCAGCUGAUCCUAAUAUUGUCUCCGUUUAAAUGGUGGAAGUUGGCAACCCUGUACCCAUACCACCCACUGCCGAUCACGGAGGACACCAGUGAAGGCCCACACGCAUAGCACGGUAGACACGUCGGGUCAUACCAAGCAAUGGAUUAAUGCAAUAGAUGAUCCCACACAAGCAGCCUUACCUUGAUGGGAUAUCGCUGAGGACUGUGAGGCAGAGUGGAGCUCAAGCGCCAGGAUCCUGACUAUCAAGAUGUAUCAAGGCUCUCUGUCCAGAUGCUGUUCACUAACAAGGGCAUGGAUCCCUGCACCCAGAGCUGCAAGCAGGAAAUGGUCUGUGGAGUGUAUCACGAAGCAAUAUGUAGGGCUGAGCAGUGGGACACUAGACAGAAGGAGGUACUGCACGGGCGUGUCCUCCGUACCCCAGACAGCUAGGGUGGUCAUCUGUGGCGGCGGUGUAGUGGGGGCCUCCGUGGCGUACCACUUGGCGGAGAGGGGCGUGACGGAUGUUCUGCUGCUUGAACAGGGAAGAUUGACAUGUGGAACAACAUGGCACUCGGUGGGUCUGAUUGGCUGUGUUCGGUCCAGCGUGACGGACACCAAGUUGGUCAACUACAGCCGGAGUCUGUACAGGAAGUUGGAGGCCGAGGGUCAUGGCAUGGGAUGGAAACAGUGUGGCAGCAUCUCCCUGGCUCGGACCAAAGACCGAAUGACAGACCUGCGGCGGAAACAAGCUACCAGCAGAUACGGUGGAGUGGAAUCCCACAUUGUGAGCCCAUCAGAGAUCAGCGACCUCAACCCUCUUGUCCGCCAUGAUGACUUAGUGGGAGGCUUGUACAUCCCAGAAGAUGGCGUCACCACAGCCCCAGAUGUUGCCAUGGUGAUGAGUGGACUGGCAAAACAGAAAGGUGUGAGGGUGCUGGAGGGUGUGCAACUUGACAGAAUUCUCACCAAGAAUGAUCAAGUCUAUGCUGUGGAAACAUCCCUUGGCACAAUCAACUGUGAAUACUUCGUGAACUGUGGAGGACAGUGGGCUCGCGAGGUUGGCAAGAAGUCGUCCCCGGAGGUGAAGGUCCCCCUGCACUCCUGUGAACACUACUACAUCGUCACCAAGCCUAUUGAAGGCGUACCCAACGACAUGCCAGUUAUUCGGGACUAUGACGGCUACACCUACUUCCGGGAGUGGAAUGGGGGGAUUCUGGCCGGGGGGUUCGAGCCGGUGGCCAAGCCUGUGUUCACUCACGGUAUCCCAGACAAGUUUGAGUUCCAGCUGCUGCCGGAGGAUUGGGACCACUUCCAGAUCCUGCUGGAUGAGAUCCUGCACCGGAUUCCCUGCAUGGAGACAGCGGAGGUGAGGCAGAUGAUCAAUGGCCCCGAGAGUUUCACACCCGACUCCAACUGGAUCCUGGGAGAGUCAGCUGAGGUUGCCAACUACUUCGUGGCAGCAGGGAUGAACUCCCGGGGGAUUGCUGGAGCUGGGGGUAUUGGCAAGUACAUGGCAGAGUGGAUCCUGGACGGGGAGCCCAGCAUUGACCUGUGGGCACACGAUGUCCGACGCUUUGCUGGUCUCCAUAACAACAAGCGGUUCCUGCGAGACCGAGUCAAGGAAGUCCUAGGUGCCCAGUACUCCCUCAACUACCCCCGACAGAUCGAGUACAUCACCGGGCGGCGGCUGCGGACCUCCCCUCUGCACACGCGGCUGGAGGUGGCCGGUGGGUACUUCGGGGAAACCAUGGCCUACGAGAGAGCUGUGUGGUUCGCCAGGCUGGGACAAGAUGAGGACAUUGACUCCGACACCAUCAGCCACCGCGGAACAUUCGGGAAGCCGACGUGGUUCGACUGCGUCCAGGACGAGUACUGGGCGUGCAAGGAGAGGGUCUGCCUCAUUGACAUGUCAUCAUUCGCCAAGUUUGUCAUCAAGUCUGCAGGGAGAGAGGCAGUGGACUUCAUGCAGUAUCUCUGCUCCAACGACAUUGACCAGAACAUCGGCAACAUCAUCCACACUGGGAUGCAGAAUGAAAGGGGAGGCUUCGAGAAUGACUGCAGUAUUGUAAGGAUGGAGGAAAACAGUUUCUUCAUGAUCUGCCCAACCACCCAGCAGACCCGAGCGUUGGCAUGGUUACGCCACCACCUGCCACCAGAUGGCUCUGUGCAGGUGGAGGACGUGACGUCCAUGUACUCUGGGAUCAACAUGAUUGGUCCACAUGCCCAGCAUCUCCUGGCCGACGUGUCCGACACGCCCACUGACAAGAACGAGUUCAAGGCAAUGACUAGUAAAGUUAUCGACGUGGGCUACGCCAGUGGAAUCAUCGCCAUGAGACUCACGCAUUCUGGGGAGGACGGCUUCAUCCUCUACAUACCCUCUGAUUAUGCCAUCCACACUUACGACACGCUGAUGCAGGCUGGGAUUGAUUACGGAGUGAGGAAUGCUGGGUACUACGCCAUGCGACACUUGCGCAUGGAGAAGUUUUUUGCGUACUGGGGCUUGGACAUUAAUGCCCAGACAACCCCCAUGGAGUGUGGCCGGGAGUUCCGUGUAAACCUGGAGAAAGGUGACUUCAUUGGCCGAGAAGCCCUCAGGGAACAGAAGGAGAACGGCAUCACAAAGAAGUUUGUACAGUUCCUACUGGAGGACUUUGACGUGAACCGCGACCUGUGGCCGUGGGGUGGCGAGCCGGUGUACCGGAACGGGGUGUUCGCGGGGCUCACUACCACCUGCGGCUACGGCUUCACGCUUGACCGGAUGGUGUGUCUGGGAUACGUCAGUGACUUUGACGAGGACGGCAGUCCAAUACUGAAGAAGAACAUGAACAAGUUUGUGAUGGAGAAAGACGCACACUAUCAGAUUGACAUUGGUGGGAAGCGGUACUCAGCCAAGGCUGGUAUCUACACCCCGAAGUUGGCCAUGUCCACAGUGGAACCAUCCUUCAUUCCAGUACCGGUGUGACCAACUACCUCACGGUCCACUCUCAGAGUCCACUCUCAAAGUCCACUCUCAGGGGCACCACAAACUCAACUCUCUCCAAACAAUGGCAAUCUCUGUACAUUGACAGUCUGCUGUGUACCAGAUAAGCAGACACACGAUCUCAUUGCUAUUGGCAUCCCAAGGUUUGAUUAUAGUGUGUUUCUCCUCGUUUACUUCUCCAUGUUAGUUCUUGCAUGAACACAUUGUGUUUGAACCAUGAUGGUUAUGGCACAUACCUGGGGAAAUAUGUCAACCUGCUCAAGACUUCUGCAGUUCUGUAGGAUCAUUGUAUAGACAGCACUUUUCUUUUCUUGAAGCAAGGAUGUAAUUACAUCCCUUAUCCACGAAUUUGUGAUCAGAGACAUUUUUAUUCAUAAGGUAUUUCCUUACACUGACAGAUCUCUUGACUGCUACAAUGUACUGCUGGUAUGAAUAUUUUGCAGGGUAACCAUGGUAACUAGGUUCUGUAUAUUACAGACUGACCGUGCGGUAGAUAUACUACUCAAAAGAAGUCAAAGAGCACCAAUUUCUUCAUGUGAUUAUAACGUGUGUUAGUUUAUGAUAAAACCCCAGUUUUCAUUUCAAUUUGCAAUGAAUGCAGUCUGUGCCAAAAUACUUUCAGGUCAGUUAGCGCCGCUUGUCUGUCAGAGACUUUCAGUGCACCAACCAAAGAGAUUACUAGACCUGGGCCCACUUGCACAAAGCGAUCUUAGCGCUACAACUACUGUAAGCCUAUGUUAUGUAUGGGAGUUACGAUCAUCUAAGCGCUAAGAUCGCUUUGUGCUAGUGGGCCCAGAAGUUGAACUAGAUUCCAGCUUUGUGCUAGAUGCCGAGGACACAGACUGUGGAUGUUUGUGAGAUUGUAUACAGUGUGACUGCUGCCGACCGGACACCAGUAUUUUACCAGUAUGUUGAAGUCAGUCAGUGCUGUGGAUGAUCGGUGUUUUCCUACGUUUGAUGGAUGCUCUCACAUCGACCUGAUGAACAUAAAUAGUGGUAUAAGUAUGUACUCUAGGUUGUGUCCUAACAUCUCAUGUUUCUACACUAAAAAAAGCUUAAGUGUCGAACCCACAAAUAAUUGUACAUCUAUUCAGUGUUUUAUAUGUACGAGUCAUACUGUUUCUGUAUUACUUCAUUCUUGGUGGGGUAGCCAAAUGGUUUAAGUGUUCGCUUGUCACGUGUAAUGCCAGGGUUCGAUUCCCGACAUGGGUACAAUGUGUGACCCAUAUCUGGUGUCCCUUAUCAAACAAUCAGAUCAUGCGUUUACUGACUGAGUUGACUGAAGCUUUAUCUUUACUCAAACAUGUACAAGUCAAAAGGAAUGUGUGCAUCGUCGGAAAGAAAUGCGAACAUUAGCGACUUGUGUGGUCAUUAAACAAUAUAUCAGGUGACUAACCACGGGUCCGGGUAGUCCUGUGGGUACCCGGGUCCUCCUCAGGACCCACCCGACCCAAGUACCCGAGUUACCCGUCCCAGCCCUAGUAUACUGAUAUCAAUUUCAUUGUGUAUGCCUGUUUUAGAGUGGGCUGUUGUCCCCAUGACAACAUGAAAUCCCUCGUAGUUAAGGACCGACCAUGUGAUAUUCAGGGGACUAGGAUGUGUAUGGAGACUAGAUAUUGUUUCACCUCCAGCUGCAAAACCAGAUAUUAAAUCUUGCAAUAAUGUUUUUUUUGUGGCGGAUAAUAUAUUUUUUCUGCAUCCUGAAGAAUAGCUAUCAGAUGGUCGGUGCCUAAAUCAUGUAGUACUGUAGAUAACCUGGGCCGGACACUGGGAAGUACUUGGUGUGUGUCCAUACGGAGACUUGCUGUCUGUUUGUUGUUGUGUUUGCUGGGUUGUACAUGCUGCCAACUGCCUCUGAACGCUACAGAUUUACAGAUUUACAAAUCUGUUGGUGAUAUACUUCAGAGAAUUACAAAUUUGAUCUGUAGUGGGAUUGAUUGUCCUAUCGGUUAAUGUUACCUCAGCACCUUGAUUGUCCUAUCAGUUAAUGUUACCUCAGCACCAGGUAUUUCUCCAUUGGCUAUUCUGUGACUCUAUGAGUUUACUUGUUGAUCACUGGAUAAAGAAAGUUGUCAGGUAAUACUGAUAUAGAAUAGCGAUCGAACGUGACGUCUUAAUCACAUGUACAGCAGACUGGCAGAGGUCAAUGUACGAAACCGUUUCUGCCAUCACUGAUAUUUAAGAUUCUGCACUGUAGGUUGGCAGCUGUUUGUGUUUCUGUGAAGUGAUGGUGCCGUAUGAACAAAGUGUGUCCCUGACUGAAUGUUGCUCCUCGGUUGCUGAUGUUGUGUGGCUGUUACCCAGUACAUCCAUAUCAGAUUCUCAUAUUUAUGUGUUGUUUGGUUUUAUUUCCUUAUCUCGGUGAGUAAGAAGUACGAAGUACCUUCCUGGCCGCCAGUGUGAGUGACCUGUCACAUUAGAACAUGUCACUAAACUGUUAAAACUGUAACAAUAUAAUUGUUUGUUCAUGAGAUUGUUAACAAUUAUUUUGUUUGUUAUACAUGUUCCCUGGAAAUAUAUAUGAAAGUUAAAUUAUUAUUGCUGCAUUUAUGAGUUAUUUUAGUAUUUUAUCCUGUGUUUAGUAAUGGAUGGUCAGGAUAUAGCUGGAUGUUAGACUGGUGUUAUACUGUAGGACGUCAGUAGGCACUCGUUUUAAACCCCUGGGGGUAUUCUGGAGGUAAAUGAGGUCACUUGUGCUUUAUGAACUCAUUUCCACUACAACAUAUGAAGAUGAAUUUCAGUUAGAUUCUGUUCAACAAGUGAUUAGUUUGUGUGGUCUGUGAUUGCAGGGCAGAUGUUUCUGUCAGUUUGUUCAGCUAAAUGUUUUAUUGGCAUUGUGAUAUAUGUAGUCACUUUUUAAUUUGCAACGUUAUUAUGUUGAAGUGGUGUUCACAAACAUAUGAGUAUUAUUUGCUUGUAUCUGUUAUUAUUUUAACCUGUGUGUCAUGUUGCUGAGAUAUUUCCCACACCACUACUCGACACUGGUCGACACGAUGUGUUGAACACAGCUACAGAUAAGCAUGAUAAGCAGCGUAUUUGCGUAAAAUACCCCCGAAAUGUUAAAACCCCAAUUACUUUCAAUUAAUUUGUGUACAGAAAUGCAUGCAAUAAAUAAAAAACUCAAAGGAUAAAAACAGCAUGCGUAAAUACCCAAUGAAACUUUUUCAGCAUGUGUACAAAGAAGCUAAUUCCCGAAACACAAUUACAAGCUAAUUUACUUUCCGAGUCAAUCCUAUAUAUUUAGAACUGAUAUAUACAUCUAAAACAUUAUUUUCUUUUUUGUAAAUCAUAAAAUGUUCACUCAUUUGGGAAAAAACCCAAUAGAGUGAUGAAUAGAUGAGUGAAGAAAUAUUGGUUACCUUAUGAUAAAUGUAAUAACCCAAUGACAAUAGAAACCUUGGAGUAAAAACUCAAUUGCUCAAAACUUACCUGGGGCUCUGGGUUGAAGACACACAGAUGCAUUGGUGCAGAGUGAGUGCCUCAUGGGAGAGAUGACAUUUUCCCCAUGUACUCCCCAAGCAUGUCCCCAAGCAUCUGAUUGGUGGAAGUGGUGUGUCAUGUUUAUAUAUAGUACACAGCAUUCAGGUACUUACGAUGGUGCACGUAUAGAUGGUCAUAUGCAGAUCCAUAGUUGCAAACACUUCUUUUGAUAUCAUCGAUGAUGGUGCAAAUUUUGUAUGUGUGGAUAAUGUCUGAGUCUUUAUUUGAGAUGUGUGACAUGUUUUUAUUGUUUGCAAUAUGAUGAAUAAAAUAAAUACAUGAA